AAUUUUUCCAAAAUAUGGCGGUAGAAGGAAGGAAAAGGAGAAAGAAACGAAAGGAUUCGACUUGUAGUAUCAAACCACCCUUAGAUUUUAUUGAAAGUCCUCUAGAUGGACAAAAGUAUUAUUGCACUCCUGUUCAAGCUGCAAGGAGACCAUUUCUGGCGGCAUCUAUGCCCGUUGAUGACCAAGUAUCAAUGAAAUGGGUAAUAAAUGGUAGAAGAUUUUCUUUAACCGUUGACAAAUGUUUUGUGGUGUGCUAAUUUCUGGUUAUUUUUUGGCUUUCUGCUCAUUCGAAUUGCUUGAUUACGAUUAAAGCUUCUGUUAAUCGUAUUCCAGAGCUUUCAAUAAUUUCGUAAACGAAGAAUCGUCCCAAUGCAAGUUUAUUAGCGAGGCAUGUGGAAAUGAAAGAGUGUUGGAAAUAUAUCGAAACUUUGUAAGCAAUUAAAGAUUACAAAAGAGGAUCACGCAGUUCAUAGCUAAACUUCCUAUAUUCUGAAAAUGAAUGUUCUAGAUUUCGUUCCUCAAGAGUUAAGAAGAAAGUUAGUGUGCAAUUGUUCACUUCUUCAUUAAUUGUUUAAUUUUACUUUGUAGGUAUCCCCUCAAUUCCCUGAUAGAAUUGAAAAUGAAGAGGAACUUUUAGCUCUAUUAAAACCAAACAAAAAGUCUCGAGGAAGGAAGAAAGGAAAAGAAAAUCCCCAGGCAACUGAGCAACUGGCAUCAAAUGGACAUCUGUUGGGUGAAUUGGAUUUUGGAUGUAAGAAUGUGAGAAACAUGGAUACAAAUGAGAAAAGCAAGUUUCCUUGUAGAAGAUCUCAAAGACUAAGGAAACUUAAAAAAACUCAUUGCUUGUUUCAAGAACCACAAGUUAUGACUCCUGUAAAUAGGCAAGGAGUUGUUAUUCUCGCAUAUGAAACACCAGAUCAAGAACUUUUAACAGCAGUUGAAAGGAAACACUCGUCAACAAAAAGAGGAAGAUAAUGCGAAGCCUACCAUUAUUAUAAUCAUUUUUCUUCAAUGAAUAAUACUCAGAAAUGAUUUGAAUUAAGGCUGAAAAUACUUGCAAGUUUUCUCCUAAUGCUCAAGUAUUGUUCUUUUCUCAUGUGAAUGGGAUUUAGCUAGCGAAAGACAUACUGUAUAAAGAAUGAUAUUGACCCUUUACACAUCAGUAUGCAUAUUCUCCAUACUGUUCUCUGUUCAUUUCUUACGUGUAAAGUGCCAAUAAGGAAGAACUUGUUUAACAGUCAAGAACUUUUUUAGUUGCUGAUCAUUUCCUCUAUUCUUGUAACCUUAAUUGUGGUUUACGGGUGAUAUUGUGAGGAGAAAUUAGAUGUUCAUCACUCCUAGCGGUCAAUAGUUUAAUAAUAUCAAUGAAUGCUAUGAGUAAUAACCAAAAAACAAUACCCAUUUUCAAUGUCAUAAUACCCUUAGAAAUCUUUAAUCUUUGAAAGAUGCCGAUCAGAUGUGAACUAUGAGAAAGUUACUCUUUUAAAGUGCUCAUUACCAACAACCUGACAACAUUGUGGUAGAUUUCUGAAGUGAUAAAGCAUAUAUUCUAAUUGUAGUUAUAAAUUUGAUCACUUAAGUCACACCUCCUUCUAAUUACCCAAAGGCUUGAAAAGCAAAGAUAAUAUAUUGUCAAGGACAAAGAGUUAUACAACAAAUGGUAGUGCAGGUACUGGUUUCAAUUGUUUUUUUUUUGCAGUUAUAUUCUGGUCAAUGGCAUAUUUUGGUGCUAAGAUAGCUUAGUUUGAACCUCACAGUACAGAUGUCUUUUAUCAGCUAAAAUGCUUCCUUCUCUUUAGUUGGCUGUCUGUAUGGUAAAUUGUGGGUAAAAUCACCAGUCUCCCAUAGGUUCAGAGAGAAUCAUGUUGAAAGACCAAAAAUCCUUUCAUAUCAAUCAAAUCGACUCCUACUUGGUUAAAAUACUUAACCAUACACAGACCUCUCAGCACACUCUAGUCAAACUGAUAUUAAUGCAAAGUUACAAUUUUAAUAAAUUAACAUUUUUUUGUGAUCAUCUGGUAAGGGUUGAGAGAUUCUUCCUGAGAAACAGCGAGUACAGUUGAACCUGUAGUAGGAGGCAUUGUUUUAAACCUCUGAGUCUCCUACAGCUGGCUUUGUGGGGAAGUUUGUUAGAGGCAUGUUAUCAGCAAUCAAAGGUCUCUUGUAUUUAUGAAUUAUUCUUUGCUAGCAUUUCAAUAUUGAGCCCUAUCUUCAAAAGGUUGAGCCAUUGUUCCUGAGAAACAGUGACUACAGUUGAACCUGUAUUAAGAGGCAUUGUAUUAUUAAAGUGGCC